AUGGCGUCAAAGACCUCGCCUUUUUUGUCGCUCGCUGGCAGUGGUGACCUGGGAAGUUCCGCAGUGGAUUUUGCUAGGGGCAGAGACUUGCUGGAGACUUUCACCAUUGCCGACCGCUGGGCUCAGACGUACAAGUUCGACUUUAUCAAAAAUUCAACAGAGGCCAUGCGUAUCGCGAACAAGGUCAGCCUCCGGGGUGACGCACAGGGCGUCUUGAGUCUUCAGUUCAUGGUAGAGAUGGAAGGUGGUAAGCGAAGUUUUCUGGAUUUUCGGUUUGUUCCCUUUAUCACAUAUGACGAGGAAGACGAGGACGAGAACGGUACAGGUGUCGGGUUUGAAGAAGAUUAG